AUGGAAAAAUCUAAGUUUCGAGUUUUGAUCAAACACUACUAUCUUCGCAAGAAACCAAUAUCCGAGACCAAGGCCAAGCUGGAUAAGUAUUACCCGGACUCUGCACCAUCGAUUGGAAUGAUUCAUAAGUGGUUUAACGAGUUCCGUUGUGGCCGUACGAGCACAGUUGAUGCUGAACGAUCUGGGCGCCCAAUAGAGGUCACUACACCAGAAAAUGUCGAAAAAAUCCAUGAUAUGAUGUUGAAUGAUCCCAAAGUGAAAUUGAGAGAGGUAGCUAAUGCUGUAGGC